AUGAAUAAGUAUAGAUACACGUAUAAAGGAAGAAACGAUAAGAAAAGAUAAAGCAUAUUAUUGGGAAAACAUUCCUCAGUUUAUUAUUAGUGUCUACAUAUGGAAAAAAUCUAGUAAUAAGUGGAAAAAAUGAUAUUUUUAAAGAAUAGUUAAACGAUAACUUAAAUGACGACAUAAAGCGUCAUCCGCACCCAAGGGAAAAUCUUAAAUGACGACAUUAGGCGUCAUCCGACGUGAAUGUGUUAAGGUCACUAACAGAGUCACUAUUAGUUAAAAGUGACUGCGCCGAGUUGUUAGUGACCGUAUUCAGAACUUGCUUUUAAGCCGCUUUUAGCUAAAGGCACGCGAACAGGGAGCAGUCUUGUACCAUGUACUUUCAACCGCGUUGGGAAUCAUUCGGGAAGACUCGGGCAUAUUCGAUUAUGUCCAGGUGUAUUCGGUGGCAUUCGGAAAGCGCGAACUUCAUAUUUGGUGCACAUACCAACCAUGUUUCAAAUUCGAAAUCACAAGAAUUCUCUUUCUUGAAGAUCACCAUGCAACGAAAAGAGAAUUUCACUAUCGAGGAAAAAGCGUUAGUCGUACAAUUUGUAAGCGACAAUCGUGAUAUAUUAGAGAAUAAAGCAAAUAAUACUAGAUUGCAAAAGAGUAGAAGAGACAAAUGGAUGGAACUAACAGAGAAAAUGGCAGCGACUGGAAUUAAGAGGGAUUGGAAAGAUAUUAGAGGUGCAUAUCAGCGGUGGAAACUCGCAGCAAAGAAGACUAUUUCUUGCUAUCGCAAGCAUGCGACUGGUACAGGCGGAGGUCCUGCACUCCCAGAAUCUUCCGGGCUCGAUUUCACAAUCAGUGAAAUUUGCCCCGAAGAUUUUGUGGAGGAUGAAAAUCCCCACGAUUCCGAUAGCCUAAGAAGAACGAACCCAACAUUGAACAUGGUGGAAAAGUCUGAGAAUGAAGUCACAUACGAACUGGAUCCGACAACUGGUGAAUUAGUACUUAUACAGUCGAACCUACCUCAGGCAGAUCCGUCGUGUUCCACGGAAGUUGGAAAAAGAAGUCAUGGGGAUAGGACCUCGCCUGAGCCAGUACCAAAGAAGAUAAAAAAGAAUAUGACAGCCUACGAAGCAGCCAUGCUCGAAUUGCAAACGAAAAAAAUGGAUGAAACGUUGCGUUAUAUGGAAGAAAAGCACAAUUUAGAAAUACAAAUUAUGAAGCAGGAACACGAUCUUAGAAUGGAAAUUUUGAAGGAACAGUUAGAGAAAGAAAGAUUUUUGCAAGGACCAGAAGAAAAGAAAAAUUGAGUUUUGCAAUUCGAUCAUGGCUGCUGUGUAAGGAAUUGCUGCGAGUUUCCACCGUCGAUGCAUCUGUAAUAUCUUUCCUAACUCACUUACCAGUCACUGCUAUUUUCUUCGUUAGAUCUAUCCAUUUAUUUCUUUUGCUUUUUUGCAAUCUAGCAUUAUUCGUUUCAUUCUCUACUAGAUCACGAUUGUCGCUUACAAUUGUACAUAUGAUUUUUCUUUGAAAAAAACUUUUGUAAAUCUUUUUUCCUAUGAUUAUUAAAAACUUUUUACUUUUUUUACAUAUGUAUUUCUUAUUAUUAAUGGCAUGGGUAAAUGAGAAA